UGUUUAGGUUACAGGUAUACAUAGUGAGGGAGGUGUAAACAGGUAGACAGAAAGAGGAGAGGCAUUUAAAGAGAGACGCCGACUAAGAACUUCACUCAACAAAAUGGCAAUUUGGAGAGGAAUCUGUGUGGUGACUGUUCUUAUCCUUCUGGCAACAGGAUCUCACUCACAGCAGAAUGUGUGUGGAAGGCCGGCCCUCAACACCAGGAUUGUGGGGGGUGAGGACGCCCCAGUGGGAAGCUGGCCUUGGCAAGCCAGUCUGCAUCUGAACGGGAGUCAUGUGUGUGGAGGGUCUCUCAUCAACAACCAAUGGGUGCUGUCGGCUGCUCACUGCUUCAUUAGCGACUCAAAUCCGGCAGACUGGCUCGUUUAUGUGGGUCGGCAGGUCCAGUCGGGCACCAACCCACAUGAACAGAACAGAACAGUAGUAAGUAUCAUCCGUCAUCCCGAUUACAACAGUGCGACCAACGACAACGACAUGGCCCUGCUGGAGCUGUCCUCCACCGUCGGCUUCAGUGACUACAUUUUGCCCGUAUGCCUGGCGGCAGACGGCAGCACCUUCUAUAACGGCACCGACAGCUGGGUCACCGGCUUCGGCACACUCAGCGAGGGCGGGUUGCUGGCUAAUGUUCUGCAGGAGGUAGAAAUUCCCGUGGUGGGGAACCGAAAGUGUAACUGCCUAUAUGGAGUCGGUUCCAUCACCAGCAACAUGAUCUGCGCUGGCCUACUGACAGGAGGCAAAGAUUCAUGUCAGGGAGACUCCGGGGGUCCGAUGGUGAGCAAGCAGGGCUCGCUCUGGGUCCAGUCGGGAGUCGUCAGCUUCGGAGAUGGCUGCGCGCGUCCUAAUUUGCCGGGGGUUUACGCCAGGGUGUCCCGCUAUCAGGCCUGGAUCACGUCCACUAUCACGACUAACACCCCAGGUUUCGUCAUGUUCACAUCCAACGGGACAAACAGUGACGACAACGUCACAUGCCCAGGCCUGCCUCCCAUCGUACCCUCCACCACCCGGCCUUCCACCACCACCCGGCCUUCCACGCCCAGCCCCAUGUUGUGCGGAAGGCCGGCCCUCAACACCAGGAUUGUGGGGGGUGAGGACGCCCAAGAGGGAAGCUGGCCUUGGCAAGCCAGUCUGCAUCUGAGGGGGAGUCAUGUUUGUGGAGGGUCUCUCAUCAACAACAAAUGGGUGCUGUCUGCUGCUCACUGCUUCGGGAGCAACUCAAAUCCAGCAGACUGGCUCGUUUAUGUGGGUCGGCAGGUCCAGUCGGGCACCAACCCACAUGAACAGAACAGAACAGUAGUAAGUAUCAUCCGUCAUCCCAAUUACAACAGCACGGCCCUGGACAACGACAUGGCCCUGCUGGAGCUGUCCUCCACCGUCGGCUUCAGCAACUACAUUUUGCCCGUAUGCCUGGCGGCGGACGGCAGCACCUUCUAUACCGGCACCGACAGCUGGGUCACCGGCUUCGGCAGACUCAUCGAAGGUGGGUCGCUGGCUAACGUUCUGCAGGAGGUAGAAAUUCCCGUGGUGGGGAACCGAAAGUGUAACUGCCUAUAUGGAGUCGGUACCAUCACCAGCAACAUGAUCUGCGCUGGCCUACUGGAAGGAGGCAAAGAUUCAUGUCAGGGAGACUCCGGGGGUCCGAUGGUGAGCAAGCAGGGCUCGCUCUGGGUCCAGUCAGGAGUCGUCAGCUUCGGAGAUGGCUGCGCACGUCCUAAUUUGCCGGGGGUUUACACCAGGGUGUCCCGCUAUCAGGCCUGGAUCACGUCCACUAUUACGACAAACACCCCAGGUUUCAUCAGAUUCACAUCCAGCGGGACGAACAGUGACGACAGCGUCACAUGCCCAGGCCUGCCUCCCUUCGUACCCUCCGUCACCCAGCCUUCCACCACCACCCCCAAACCUGUGGUGUGCGGCAGCGCUCCCCUCAACAGCCGCGUUGGUGCGGGGAGUGGCCUGGCAGCGAGCGGGGUGUGGCCCUGGCAGGUCAGUCUGCAAAGGAAAGGCUCCCACGUCUGCGGGGGCACCCUCGUCUCUGAGGAGUUCGUCAUGAGCGCCUCACAGUGUUUCUCCAGCCCCAAUCCCAACCCUGCGGAAUGGACCGUGUUUCUGGGUCGUCUGAGCCAGAACGGAUCCAACCCCUUCCAGAUGGCCGUGAACGUGUCGAACAUCACCCUGAGCAACCAGACCGGCGCCAACAUAGCGCUGUUGAAGCUGGCCGGCAAGCCGACGCUCACCAACUACAUCCAGCCGGUGUGCGUGGACCUCGUCGGCACGGGCUUUGGCGUAGGAACACAGUGCUGGGUGACCGGCUGGGGAGCCGGCCAGGGAGGAGCGCAGCAAAUUCUGCAGGAGUUCCAGACCACCAUAGCCAGCUGUGGGAACGGCUCCUCCUCCGAAAACAUCUGCACUCAACUUCUGCCACUGCAGCAGGGAGAUGAGGGCGGGCCCUUGGUGUGUAAGCAGGGCAAUUCCUGGGUCCAGUUGGCAGUGAUCACAGUGGACGGCAGCAGUAAUGCCACUCAGAACAGCAGCAGCAGCAGAAGCAGAAUGGACCCCGCUGUCCAGGUUUUCACCAAAACCUCAGCGUUUUCCAUGUUCCUCCGCGAGAAUGUGGGCAGCUUCCCUCCCCCUACCUCCCCCAUCACCCCGGCACCGUCCUCCCGCCCCUCCAACACGACGAGCGAGGCCGCUCACCUUCUCCCUCUCUCCUCCGUCCUCCUACUCCCUCUCUUCCUUGGCUUUCUGUCCAGUUGCUCAAGCUAGGACCAUGCAGCUGUUUGUGCUGCGUACUGGCUGGCUAGGGUACCACUAACCUGUUACUGUUUUUCAAACUUUCCGAAAUAUACCAAGAAUGCAUUAAAUAUAUUAAACUCAAGAAGCUUUUACCCGGGUAAUAUCAGAGAUGCUUAUGGACAGGUUCAGUGGCAGAUUUUUUGAAUGUAUUCUUCGUAUAUUCAUUAUGGUUAAGCUCACAGGAAGCAAAAGCACUAGUCCUGGGGCAGUGCUGCACUCCACAGUUCAGAAGCGGAUCCUGACGCUGUCGGUGCCUGCUGUGGGUGGGGUUUCCUCAGGCCUAUGCAGGGAAGGAGGGAGGGUUUCAGUCUCCAGGGCAUCCUCAUUGUGCAAUAGUGACUCCUCAUGGAAUUGCAGUGUGUGUUUUUAGGGACGCGUGCACUUGUGUGUGUUUUUUAAAUCUGCAGUAGUAAGUUGCAGCUAUGGUACUGUGUGAUAUAAAAUGGAGGAACAAGUAAACACUUGAUGACACAAAAUAUUUAGAACAGACUGUAUUACUGUGUGUGUGUGUGUGUGUGUGUGUGUGUGAAGAAUAGUGACACAUUCACUCACCUGUUGCACCAGAGAUAAUUUUAUUUAUAAAUACUGAUGCUCUGUUGGUGAGUUGUCAAUGUAUGCUUUUGAAGUAAAUUGGGUUUUUCAUUGUUAUAUUUAUCCUGUGUAUAGAUAAUUUAUGGACAGCGCAAUAUCUCAGGGAAGACAACGUAGCCGUCACUGUCAGAUGGGAGACACUGAACAAACUUAUCUGAAUUACAGAAUAAAUUGCUUGCAUAGACUAAGACCCCCCAACCCCCACUGCACACCCCACCCCAGCUUCCAAAGGAAUAAAGCUUAGCUGGUCUGAAGAUGCUUUCUGCACUGCUUGGCAUCACUGGUCACGGUUUCUUUGGCGUUUUACCUUAGCUUUUCAGUACCCUGUCAGUAACAGGGCUCUCUUCUGUUCUACUGCGCAUUUCCUUCCUUCUCCAGUAGGGGCCGCUCUGCCUCUUACUUGUGGUACCUGUUACCAGGCAGAGGACAUGCUGGGUAUCUAUGCAGAGCUCAAUAUUACACUCCAUUAGGACAACACGGCUGACCAAGAGUAUUCAUGAACAUAGUCAUGUGUUUAAAUGUUUACAACAAUAAAACUCUAUUUUUAAUGACUCUAAAAUGAGCUCUUGCAGUACUCCUGGCUGGAGCAGCAUGGCACAACCUGGUGGACUGUAGAUGGCUGUUGUGUAAAGACCACAAAAUGUAAUUUCCAUAGUAUGGCAAAUUAACAAAUCACCAAAUCCCUGUAGUACUGUACUAACAUUGCACAUGGAAUUCAUACUUUUUUUUAUUAAUACUGUAUUAUUUUCAUAAUUCGCUAUUAAUUUUACUGCCUUGAUUAUUAUGUGCCUGAAAUGGAAAUAUGCUCUACGCAAUACACACUCUUCUGUAUACCUAUUAAAAAUUUGGUAAAUUGUAAA